UCCUCUGACGGGGCUGAAAAAAGCCAUUUUCUGGCGCUGCUGCAAAUUCUGUCCAAGUCCAAAUAACUGAGCUGGGUCCUGGUUUGUGGAGGAGAGGGGAACUUUGAUGUCUAAUCAGAUCUGUCUAGAUGGAUAAAAUGCAGCCCAACCGGAUUCAAAUCACAGAUCUGAAUCCACACCUUACAUGCCCACUGUGCGCUGGUUACUUAAUUGAUGCUACGACCAUAGUAGAGUGCCUGCACUCCUUUUGUAAAACGUGCAUCGUUGCCUUCCUGGAGACAAAUAAGUUCUGCCCUCGAUGUGACGUUCAGGUUCACAAGACAUGUCCACAGCUCAGCAUCAGAGCAGACAAAACUCUACAAGAUAUAGUUUAUAAGCUUGUUCCGGGGUUAUUCAAAGAUGAGAUGAAACGGAGGCGGGACUUCUACGCAGAGAACCGUGUGCUGGAACCAGGGGAAGUGGUGGAGACGUUUAACAUCGCAGAGGAUGAAAUCAUCAGUCUGUCUAUACAGUUCUAUGAGAGGAACAAAAAUAAUGAGAGGCAGCAUUCAGAGAUUGAAGGAGACAAGUCCAAUGGUAAACGCUUCCUGCAGUGCCCAGCAGCCAUGUCCGUCAUGCACUUAGCAAAGUUCCUCCGAAGCAAGAUGGAUAUUCCCAACAACUAUCGGGUGGAGGUGUUGUAUGGAGACGAGCCCUUGAAGGACUACUACACACUAAUGGAUAUUGCCUACUUCUAUGAGUGGAGACGAACUGGACCCAUCCCCCUGCAGUAUCUGGUCAAACCCACCCGGAAGCGCAGGAGGCCGUCUCAGUCUGUAGCCCAGGGCCACUCCGACGGCGUCAACACCAGCCCGACAUCGGAGAGCGACUCCCAAAGCGACAAAGUCCACAGUCCUGCCGCAGCCCAGCCACCGCGAGCCUCCUCGCAGUCCGGCGCCGCGUCCCACAACCUCUCUCCCACCAUCCAAAGCUCCAACGGUACCACUGUGCCCAACAACACUCAGCGACACACGCUCACCUCCAAACAGGGCGCCAACGCUCGGAAGGUGACUGUCAACGGCACAAGCUCUGGGGCUGGCAAAGAGGAGGCGAGGGGAGGCGACAAAAGCGGUUUGCCUCCGACGACCUAACGUGUGUACGGGGCAGCAGGGAGGACAGUGUUUGAAUUGCUCCCUUCUUUUUCUUUCUACAAAAACAAAAAAAAACGGAGGAGCUCGAGCCUUCUUCCUUCUGGACAAACAGGAGGCAGAUUACUGUUAUCAUCUGUCAGCAGGAAAGACUGAAAAGUGCAGCCAAAAAGACACUUGUGUGUGUGUGUGUGUGUGUGUGUGUGUGUGUGUGUGUGUGUGUGUGUGUGUGUGUGUGUGUGCGCGUUUAUGUUUGUUAGACUAGAACAGUGCACACAUAUAAACUGUACAGUAUGUAUCAAAUGUGAGCAUGUGUGCAUACAUAUGUAUAAACUUAUCUUUUAUACAAGAUAUUGUAAUCGUUUUGUAUUGUAUAUGCAGUGGGUCUGUUUCAUUUCCAUACUGUAGUUCCAUCAAUAUUGAUUUGGCUCCGCAACACUCGAGAGACAAAAUGCUGAAAGGCGUUGCAGUGUUCAUCGCUGCAGAAGUUGGAUGUAAAGAAGAAGAAGAAGCAGAAAAAGAAGCUCAUCCUUGCCUUUGAAUCGGUCAUGUUAAUAACUGCUGUAUAAGUGUCCAGUAUAAGCAACCGCUCAUCCGGUUAACACAGGUACAUUACAUUCAACUGUUGAUGCACUUUGUCAAGGUCCGAUCUCGUAAUCCAAACCAACAAGUAUUUUCCAACAGGAGAAGCGUUUCUAUUUACUCAAUUCCAAGCACUACCAUGCUCGCAAGCAGACGUUUGUCAGCAGACCAUGUUCUUUCUCUCAUGGCAGACGGAAGAACUCAAAAGGGAUUUGAAUAUUUGGCCAUGUAUGUUGUAGUUUCAUAAAUUUCAACAUUCCUUUUGUUUCUUUUCAUCAAACAGUGAUACUUUUUUUUU